AUGUGGAAUGGAAGCGCAUCAUCGAGGGGUGGCAGCUCCCCGGCCGCUCCGGAAGAUGAGCUCGUCAGGCGCAUCUUCUCCUGGUCCCUCCAAGACAUCAUCAAUCAGGACCUCUUCACAGACCAGGUGAAGGCGAUCCCUGACAGGUUCUCGGGGCUGAUGGACUACCUGGCCGCGUUCAGGUUGCCGCUGCUGGAGGAGAUGCGGGCGGAGAUGAGCGCCAACCUUGCGGACUCGCUCUCGUCCAGCAGCCACUUCCCGGUCGCCAAAAUCCAGGCGCUGCCGGACCGGAAGGACGAGUCCGGCGUGCAAACCUCCCCGUCAAGGUACCGCCUCAUCGUUGCUCGCGGCCGCCGUGGCGCUCGCAACUUCCCGUGCCCCGGCGACGUCGUCCUGCUCUCCGACGCAACAUCCCUGUGCCGGCGGCCGGCCGAUCUCAUGCGCGACGGCCGCGCGUGCUGCCUCGCGCACGUAGAGUACGUCGAGGACAGCGCGCUGACCUUUGGGAUGGUAGCGUCCGAGAGAAUCGAUCAAGCCACGAGGUGCUACGCUUUCGGUGUCAGCUUGAUCGGCUUGAUACCAUACUCUCGCAUCUGGCGGUGCCUCGACUACGCGGCCACCGUCGAGAGGAAUCCUGCCCUCGUCAGGGAGGUCGCCGGCGACGGCGACGGCGCCGACACGCAUGACAUGAGCACGUCGUUGCUGGGUUCCCCGCCUCGCCGAGAGGCCACCGCCGUUGGCGCCGACGCGCUGGUGGCCAGGUUAUCACCGUUCAGGCUCAACGGCGCACAGGCUGACGCUGUACUGAGCUGCAUCUUGGCGACGGGGCGCGACGGCGGGGAGAGCAAAUUCAGCCUCAUAUGGGGUCCGCCAGGUACAGGCAAGACCAAGAUCAUCAGCGUGCUACUGCUGCUGGUGAGCCAGACCAGAGGCUGCCGUGUCCUGACGUGCGCGCCCACAAACACCGCCAUCAGCCAGGUCGCGUCCCGCCUCCUCGAGCUGAGGAAGCAUCACCCUUCCGCCACCGGCGACGGAGCAGGGUGCCUCGGUGAUCUGCUUCUGUUUGGCAACAGGCAGCGCAUGGCAAUUGCCAUUGGGAGCCAUCUUGACGAAAUCUUUUUGGACACUCGUGUCAAUAGGCUGAGGGCUUGCUUAUCCCCGGCUACGGGCUGGAGGCAGUGCCUUCGUUCAGUUGAGGCGUCUCUAGGAGGACAGAGGUGGCGGUGCCAUGAAAAUUGGAUGAGAAACCUAGUGUAUUCUGGCAGGUCAAGUUUCCAUCACAUCUUCCAGAAGGUGAGCAGCUGCUUCAGAACGAUCACGUCUCACGUCCCCAGAGCAGUCAUUCUGGAGGAGAACUACAACAAUAUGUUGGCCCUGCUCGACAAGCUCCAAGGCUUCAGCAGGUUGCUUGAUCAAAUGAAUGCAAGGAAUAAGAUAGGAGUAGCGGGAAAUCAGAAUCAGAUUCAAAAUCUUUGGAGGCACAAGGAGGGCAUCCUAUUCCUGACGAGAGCUCUGAACCGAGGUCUCAAGCUUCCACUGACACGUUCCGUGGCAGAGAUAAAGAAUUUCUGCCUUGACAGCGCCGCCUUGGUUUUCUGCACUGUGUCAGGAUCGGCGAAGCUGCGAGGUCAGAGAAUGGAUUUGCUUCUCAUCGAUGAGGCUGCGCAGCUGAAGGAAUGUGAGUCCCUGAUCCCGUUGCAGCUCCAUGGGCUAAAGCAUGCUGUUCUUAUCGGAGAUGAGUGCCAACUGCCAGCAACUGUGAAAAGCAAGGUUGCAGCGAGGGCAUUGCUGGGCAGGAGCCUGUUCGAGAGGCUAAGUUUGCUGGGGCACAAGAAGCACCUUCUGAAUAUCCAGUACAGGAUGCAUCCUUCCAUAAGUAUCUUCCCAAACACAAGCUUCUACAGCAACAAAAUCCUGGAUGGCUCCAAUGUCACGCAGGACAGCCAUGAGCGCACUUACCUGGAGGGUGCAAUGUUUGGGCCAUACUCAUUCAUCAACAUUGACGGAAGGGAAGAUCCUGGCCAGAGCAAGCGAAAAAUGGCUGAACUUGGGGUCAUCAUGGAAAUACUGCAUAGACUGAAAGAAGCUUGCGCAGACAGGAAGCAAGGGGUUUCUGUCGGCAUCAUAUGCCCGUACGCCGCUCAGGUGGAGGCGAUUCAGCGUGCCAUAGGGAACCUGAACGCGAUGCAUCCGCUGGCUCUGCGCGUCAACUCCGUCGACGGUUUUCAGGGCAGCGAGGAGGACAUCAUCAUCCUUUCAACCGUAAGGUCCAACGGCAAAGCAUCCAUCGGCUUCCUCUCCGACCGGCGGCGUGCCAACGUCGCGUUGACAAGAGCGAGGCACUGCCUCUGGGUCCUGGGUAACGCGGCGACGUUGCGUGGGGGCGGCUCUAUCUGGACGGAGCUGAUCCAGGACGCCGAGGACCGCCGGUGCUUCUUCGACUGGAGCGACGGCAUGGUGGUCGUCUCUUCCCAUGCCACUCUUCCUCCUCCAUCAGUUGCCCUGGUGAUCGGAUGCGAAGAAGAAGAUGAUCGUGCAGCAGCUGUGGGCUUUGGGGCACAGCUAUGGCGAAGCGUGACAUGGAUCAUGAAGAUGGCGGCAGGGGCCUUCCGCAAGAUGCGGAGGUCGCUUUGGCGUUAG